AAAUACUAUUUCUUACAUUAAUUGAUACCAACAACCAUAAAUUAAUACAUUUAUCAACUUUCCAAAACUGAAAAAUAAAAACUAAAACUUAAAUUAAAAAACUGAAAGCUAAAAAAAAUCCCAAAAUCUAUGACAGGUUUCACCUGAGUAUUUGGUAUAUUAGCUGCCUGUCUGUAAUCAAAUAUUUCGUUCUCAGUUACUACUUGUCUCUGUGUCUGAAAAUUGCUUUCCAAGUUCCUCUCUGUAAAUUCCUUUUUCCUCUUUCAGAAAACAACGCUUUCAAUGGCCAACAUUGUGAAUUAAUAGCGAAGCAGCGUAACCCAAACGUGAAAAGGAAGCACAUUUACACACCAAAUGCCACUCCAACAACUACCCCUUUUUCCCUCUCACAAGAAACGAACCCAAAAUGCGUGUGCAAACCGAAACUGACAGGGAAAAAGACCACAUUUUUAUGCAGCAAAAGUGAGGAUCCAAGGUGGGGUUUGCUUCUUUGUGUUGAGUUUUCAAAAGGGUUGUUGAAAACCAAAGAGUUAGAAUGGCUCAAUGGCAGGGUGAUUCGGAUGAGGGUAUCGACUAUAUGUUCAAGGUUGUCAUGGUUGGAGACUCUGGGGUUGGGAAAUCUCAGCUUUUGAAUAGGUUUGUGAGGAAUGAGUUCCAAAUGAAAUCCAAAGCCACAAUUGGGGUUGAAUUUCUGACCAAGACUGUUGUCAUGGAUCACAAGGUAGUCAAGGCACAGAUUUGGGACACUGCUGGUCAAGAAAGGUACCAGGCAAUUACAACUGCAUAUUACAGAGGUGCAACUGGCGCGUUACUAGCAUAUGACAUAACCAAUCGCCAAUCCUUUGAUCAUGUUGAGAAGUGGCUCGAUGAGCUGCGUGUACAUGCAGAUAAUAUAAUUGUCAUGCUUGUUGGCAACAAGUCUGACCUUAGUUCUGGUCGAGCAGUGCCUAUGGAGGAAGCCAAAGACUUCGCCAAACAAAAGGGCCUCUUCUUCGUCGAGACAUCAGCACUUGACUCCAACAAUGUGGAAUCUGCUUUCCUGGGUCUCCUCUCUCAAAUAUAUGCAACAGUCGGUAAGAAGCACAUCAUUGCAGAGGGAGCUGAGUUGAAUUGGGAUAAAGUAAACCUUGAACUUGAAGGAAUAAAAAUUAAGGUCUCAUCACAAGAAGCUGAAUGCCAAAAAGCUAAAAGGAGAUUCAACUGUUGCAGUGUUUUUUAAUCUUUCCUUUCACCCGAAGCUACCUGGAUCUUAGGGGGGGUGGUGGAUUGCAUCAACUUCAUUGCUAUCUUUCUUUAUGCAAUAUAUCCAUGAAGCUCAUAAUUUAUGGAUUCACCAGGCAAAUCUUCUAUCCUCCAACCAACCAGAUGCAAUCAUGGGAGGGGGUUGCAGAAGAUGAAGCUGCUUAUGAAUUUGUGAGACUCAAACAAGAUGACCUUCUUCGUCAAUUAGAUUUGAUAAAUGUAUAUAUUCCUCCCCGGUAGAUUAAUAGAUUUCAUCCCUCUGAAAUUAACUAUCAUGUAUGAGUUUUGGCAGAUUUCAUUUUACUGGCCGUCUGUGGCCUGGUUUUCAUUGAUAAAUUUGACAUAUAAUUGUAAUCACAGACAUUUACUCAGUAUUCAACAUUAGAUUUAUCCA